AUGGGUCCAUCAUCUUCGUCUUCAUCAUCAUCUUCACAAUUUCAUUUAGGAGUGUUUCCUCAAAUUCUGGGCUUUCUUUUCUUCUUCUUAUCUAUUGGAGCUUCGGGGACUACUUUUACUUUUGUAAAUGACUAUAGGUUCACUGUUUGGCCUGGAGUCAAUGGCUGGACUGAUUCCAAUACUGGAUUCGAGCUAACAAAGGGUACUACACGCUCUUUUCAAGCUCCGGUUGGGUGGUCGGGUCGUAUCUGGGGUAGGACAGUUUGCAGCUUCAAUAGUUUUGAUCAUCCAAGUAAUGUUCUUUUACCUGGAAUGAAACUUGGGUAUGACAUGACAACAAGGAAGAACUGGACCUUGACUUCUUGGCCGAGCAAUGAUAUACCUUCUUCGGGAGCUUUUACUAUGAGCUGGGAGCCCAUUGAAGAAGCAUCCCAAAGAUUGAUGAUUCGAAGACGAGGACAACCCUACUGGACUAGUGGUAGUCUAAAUAAUCAAAUAUUUCAAUAUAUGUUUUCAUUGAAUGGCCCAAGUAGCCAAUAUAGAUAUAAUAUCUCUUCUGUAUACACCAACGAAGCACGAUACUUUAGCUAUGAGGCCAAUAAUAUCGCUGCUUUACCCAUGUGGAUUUUAUCAGCAAAACGACAAGUUACAGAUAUUGAUAAUUCUACUGUUUGGACACCUGAGUUCUGUUGUGGGUAUGAUUCUGAUAAUGGUUGUGUGGAGUCGAGUUUGCCUCAGUGUAGAAGAGAGAAUGAUAAGUUUAGUGAAAUGAAAGGAGAUUUUGCUCAUGAUUUGACAAGAAGUGCUAUUGAUGACAACUCGAGUUUACGUAUUAGCGAUUGUUUUGUUAAGUGUUGGAAUGUUUGCACUUGUGUGGGGUUUAAUAGUAGUAGCAUCAAUGGAACUGGCUGUGUUAUAUGGACUGGAAGUAAUAACUUUUUAGUUAAUCCUCGUGAUAACUCUACUUUAAAGUAUGUGAUCAACCAAAAUCCAAUCAAUCCAAGUACAGGUACCAAAAUAGAAAAGAGAAAGAAUUGGGAAUGGAUACUCAUUGGUCAUAAACGAAAAGAAUAUGAGAGACGGAAGAGAGAUGAGUAUUUCCUGGAGUUGACAGCUUCUGAAAGCUUCAAGGAUAUACAUCAGCUUGAAAACAAUGGUGGGAAAGGAAAUGACUUCUCGGACAAGGUGGUUUUGGACCUGUUUACAAGACUAAGUGAUGGACGAGAAAUUGCAAUCAAAAAGCUUUCAAGAACAUCAGGGCAAGGGGUCGUGGAAUUCAAGAAUGAACUAGUACUUAUUGCUAAACUCCAGCAUACAAAUCUUGUUCGGGUUCUUGGUUGUUGCAUUCAUGGUGAAGAAAAGAUGUUAAUAUACGAAUAUAUGCCCAAAAAAAGCUUAGAUUUCUUCUUCUUUGAUGAAAAUAGAAAGACAGAGUUGGAUUGGCGUAAACAAUUCGACAUAAUUGAAGGAAUUGCUCAAGGAAUAUUCAAGCAGAAUGAGACCGAGGCAAUCACUAACAGGGUGGUUGGAACAUAUGGUUAUAUGUCUCCUGAGUAUGCAAUGGAAGGGACUUUCUCUAUCAACUUUAUUUUUAAUAUUCAAGGAAAAGAAAUAAUCAAGUCAGGUUCUGACAGCUCUAGCAACCUCCUUCCAUGCCCGGAAGCCUCUCAAAGUUCCUGCAUUAGGUUAUUCUUUUACAAAGGAUAUUUUCAAAGGAGAAUUUAG